UUUACGAGUCUGUCGGUGGAAACGAUGAUGAUCUUGAAGGAUUGGAUGACGACAUCCGAAGGGCUUAUGUCACCAUUCUGCAGCCACUCGAGCUGUUGACGGGCCAAAUCCUUCCCGAGGUGGUUCAGUUGAUCAAAAGAUUUCACUUGGCCCUGGAACAGCAGAUAAACGAGAUCGAGCUGCUCAAAAGUCAAAAUCGGGCAAAGAGGAUGUUCUUAGCGCGUGAAAUUGCCAAGAGGAUAACCGGUGUGAAGGCGUGUAUAAAUGAUGCCCUUAACUCGUUUGAGACACAAGCAACUACUUUAACGCUUCUUCGCACAAUUGAAGCAUCGGUGCAAUCAAAACUCGAGCAGCUUCCACGAGUUGCGGCCGAGCACACCUACGUGAAGAGCAAGUCAAAGUGUCUUCCAAGUACACGACUUCAAAUACAAACAUCCCUUCUCAAUCAUUUGAAGCGGGCCGGAAACCGAUUCGUAUGGCUCCGUGGGUCCCCUGGCACAGGGAAGACGGCGGUAUCUAUGAGCAUCGCAUCGAUACUUGAGAAGGAAGGUGCUCUUGCAGCCUCUUUCUUUUGGGACAAAAAUCAAAAGGGGACGGGCCUCGAUUCUCUGGAGAAAUUUCCUUCUACACUGGCACGUCAACUUGCGAACUUCAAUGGGGACUUCAAGGUCUCGCUUGUGAAACGCCUUCGACAGCCGAAUUCGGAGUUGGUUCUCAGUCUUCCUCUGGAGAAACAAAUGAGGACUUUGAUUCUGGAGCCGAUGAAUGGUCUCAAGGGCAUAAUGUCCGCAAGCAAGAAACGCUUCACCAUCAUCUUGGAUGGUUUAGAUGAAUGUGGGGAUUCAGUGGCACUUGGGACUCUGAUGAGCCUCGUACUUGUGCUUGAGGAGCUGCCUUCAACGUUUUCCAUACUGGUCAGUUCUCGCCCUGAAUCUCAAGUUGUUUCGGCUUGGGAUAAAUCUCGGAAUCGGGGCCAUGUCAUCCCAUGUGAAGACAUGGAUAAGGUUGCACGAGACGAGACUUUCGACACGAUCCGGAUUAUGGUAACGGACGGGCUUAAGGAUUGCAUCAGAGAGUCACAGUGGAAACCAUUGAUGGACGAUCUUGAUGCCUUUACUCUGGCUUGCCGUGGUUUGCCUGUCAUGGCCUCGAUCCGGAUACGGGAAGUUUGGUUUCGGACUCAAGGGGGUUCUGUCCUCAAAUUAGAGUUUCGAUACUUCCUCGACCUCCAAGAUGCGCCCAAGGAUCUCAAUGAGGAGUACUUGCGAAUAAUGCGGCGAGCCUUUAGGCCCAACAUGGCAAGCAUCCCUUCACAUGUAGUGAAUAAUUACCGCCAAGCAGUUGGGAUGGUUGUUGCUGUGCAAUAUCCACUCAGUGUUUACAGCAUGCAUGACAGGAUUGGGGUUCCAGGUUAUCUAAAAUCCUGCAUGAGGAGGAUUUUAUCAUCAAAACUUAUAUACGCCAUAAUUUUUCAGCUAUAAUAUUACUACCU